UCGAGCGGACUUUCCAGGCACCGUUCCGGCGCCAGUCACCCGAACGAAAAAUGCCGAGUCACAGCGCCGUGAACACCCGGCAUUCUUCAGAAAUUAGCUACUGCACACAAUCAGAAGACGCGCCCCACAGCCCAGUUAACUGAGACGGCAGCGCGCAGGAGGCGAUUAUUUGAACGGUCGAUACCCCGUCUGCCAGUAAGCUGACAUUACAGUGGAAGUCAGACUAAGAGACCUGUCGGUUGGCAAGCUCCCCGGAAGAGCGGUGUUCAAAAAUAAUUCUUCUCUGUUGCCUGAGCAAGCUUAGGUGGAUAGCAUUCCUAGCACCACUAUCGGCUAUGCUCCACCUGGAACACACAAAAGUUGUUUUCGAAUGAUGCUCUUUUGGCAUACCGUAUUUUCCGGUGUAUAAGACACAUUGUUGUAUAGACACACCCCCCCCCUUUUCGCAAGUUUGUAAGUAAAAAUUACUAUACAAGACUCAACUGUGUAUAAGACGCACCUAUAUUCACAGACUUGCCGCAAAGAAACUUAAUGACGUGUGGUUGUGCAGAUAUCGUGAAAUGCUGUACUUACCAAUUAACGGCUCAAAGCGCUAGUCUCUAAGAAAACUUAGGAAGCUCCAAAUUUGCGGGGGAAAAAAUGGCAGUCACGCUUUAAGAAACAUCCUGCAUGCAAUAUAAUAGUUAAAAAAAGACUACCCUAAUUAGCAUUGACAGGAGUUCCUUCAGAGUUUGCCAAAAAGGAAAAAAAAAUAUGCAUAGAAGAUGCAGUGUUGAAAAUUUUGGAAAAAGGGUGUGUCUUAUACACCGUAAAAUACGUUAAUCUUUAUGUUCACCAAAAAAAAAAAUGCGAUGGAACCACUUUCUACCGUGGGCAGUGUGCAUCCAAAGUCCCGCUAAUCCGUCGAUUCCGUCCAUAGGGUUGGCCAAUGGUGUAACGUGCACCACAGAGGGGCGCCACGAAAAGCCUCUAGGCAUUCUAGGAGCUUGACAAUUGACAACCUAGUAAUGUUGGUGGAAGCUAUGUGCUCGCUGGGCAGUUCGGUCGCCUGAUCCAGGCACGUAGCUUCCACCACCCCGUUUGGCUAGUGGCGAUUGAAGUACGGCUCCUCUCUUGGGGGUGGGCGAAAAUCUUGAAGUAGACCUCGCUCAGGGACGGCAUGCCCAUCUUCGAUAGAUCCGAAUGUGGUGGACGCACGUGAGGCAGUCGACGAGCUGGAACGUGCGUGGCUAGGCUCACGGGGGACGACUAGCCGGAAUUCGUGGGAUCUCGGCUUUGUCGGCGCGUUUCGUGUUUGUCGUCGUCUAAGGUUUGCGGUGCUUCCAAAAAAAGCGAAGGAGUUUCGGAAGGAGCGUGUACCCCUUUCCAGUGCUUACCACCUGGGCGAAAAACGCCGAGUCACUGGGCUUUGGUGGCAUGGGCAGUGUAUGAUAUUCUGCAGAAGAGAGCAAUUGUGCACACUUAGAAUAUGUUCCACGGCCCACUAGACAAAGAUAGUUGCUUGCAGAAGGUGAUUGUUAAAAGCGUCUGUAGGGGGAUCCUAAAGGUGCGAUACUUGGCAAACGUUUGGCAGGAGGAGUGCCCUGGUUGUAGUGGUUGUCACUGCAAUUGUGAUAGGCAAAAUAGAAUUUUCACCAUUCUGGACACGGAUUUUUUAACGUUGGGUACAAGUAAAGUGGGUCCUUUAUAUGUGUACAUAGUGUUUGGCAUAGUAAAAAUAGCAAUUUUUAAGGGAAGAGUCUUAUGGAGCUCGUUGUACGCAGUGUUAAACAUUUAAAGCACUGACCUCGCAAAAAAACUUUUUUUAAAAGUGCUCUUACGGUAUACGGAAGUUCUUUUGUACAUUGCCCCAGUGGUAUUAUAACCGCGUUUUAUGCGCUCACACCUCUUGUUGCCCUCAUCUCCACGACUCAUUGUAAGUAUGCGGAAGAACGGCCUGACAAAGGGAGCGGCACUUAUUUUUUGCUUUGCUCGCACUGUUUCCACCGCUUGCACAGUUUAUGUUGCUUUAAGACGAGGCACGAAAUGCAUAGCUUAGCUUCCCCGAUGGAGGGAAAUUCUGGUGCAUACAAUCGUUUUAAAAGCCUCGAGUCGGAGUCACACUGCUGCUACGUCGUACAAAAGACGGUCUGCAGACGCUGUUCGAGGCAUGUGUUUUCCUUGUACGACGGUCGUGCAAAAACUGUCGGCGGACCCGUUCGAAGCGUGCCAAUGUCGGAAGCAAAUACGCUUCGACCGUCGAACUCCUCGUAUUUUGUACGACGUGCGACUGCGGACUUGCGGUCACCCCGCUAUAGACACGGUGUCUCAAGGGUCGUGGACCAUUUUGCGAACGGGUCUCGCGUAGCCUACAGUUUGGUCACUUUGGUUUCGAGGAACUCAAAUUUUCUUUCGAGUUUUAAGGGCUCCUUCAAAGCAGGGGUACACAUUGGCAGAGUUAGUCGUCAACUCGUGUAUGAUUGCUACGACAGUCCACAAAAAUCACAAAACGAAUCUCGAAGAGUGACGCGCCCCGGCAAUCCAGAAAGGUGAGAAAUCUAGGUCAUGCGGGGCGGGGCGGCCGCACCACGCCCCUUUGACGAAGGACGAAACCGGAGCACGAGGGCGAGAGGUAGACGUGAAAUAUUAAUCCGGCUAAUAGGUGGGGAAGCCUCCUCGUUUGCUCCCCCCCCCCCCCCUUCCCGACCAUAUCCGUGCAUAUUGAUUUUUGCAUGGCAACCGCAACCUCCUCACUCUCCGGGCGGGGGGGAUGCCGGUCGGCCUAGCCGCCGCUCCCCCAAACACGUGCCGCGCUUCGUUUGUUUGUUUUAGCGAUGGGAUCCUGCAGUAAUCCCCAAUUGCCUGCGACGGAGACGUUAAACUUAAAAACCUUUGACGCCGUCUUUGCAAGCCAUUCGGGUCGUCGCGGUCGACCCGCGGCUGGGUUGUGCGAAGGGUUUGUGGGGUUCGCCUCUAUGCUGCUCUUUAGGGGAAGUUCGACACACCUCCCUUCCCCUUGCCUUGCACUUUUUUGUCGCAUUUUUCCCAGUCCAAGUAUGUUUUUAUUUCGCUGUCGUUUCUUUUUUACCUGCGCGGGGGUCCUAGCCCUUUGUUUCAGGCGCACGUGCUCCUGCGACAACGCGAUUGCAGAAGCUCGUUAAGAGUUGCCCUUUUUUUUUUUCUUUUCUUUUGGUUUCGUCUGGAUUCCUUUUUUCUUUUUUGUGCGUGCACUUUUUCUUUUUUGGCUCGUUUGCUGUGGCUCCUGCGUUUCACGGGCCAGCACUUUUCCCUGCGGCGAGGGUGAAGCGACGCAAGACUGGUCUCCGCGAUGAAGGGCAUUCGGCCGAGCGCAAACUGCGACGUUGUUUUGCUGCAGUCGCUGGCGCCUCCUCGUCUCGACCUGUCGGCCGGCAGCGUUUCCAAAAGCAACCGUUCGUCGCCAGCCUCUUCGACGGAAGGCGCCGCCACCUCAGCCACCGCCAACGACCCCAACCCAAACUCUGCGGCCGACGAAGAGAACGCGACAGCCGCGCCAUCUUCCGCCGGCUCGAGCAUCGUCUCCCCGUUCGAAGACCUCCGGGCGCCGCUCCUGGUUGCCUCGCCCUCCGCCUCCCCGCGGCGCAAGAGCUUCGCGACGCGCCUCCGACGCCUGGGCAGGCUCUCCUUCUCGGGCGGCUCGACGGAGGGCUCCUCCCCCGAGAAGGCGGCGAGCGGUGUGGCCACUACCAGCAGCGGCGCCACCCCGCCGAGGCCGUCGAAGGGCAUCCUGAGGCGGCGCAAAGUGCACUGCUCCAAGCGCGAGCCCGCCGCCUCGUUCGGCACGGAGAGCAGUACGGAGGAAGGCUCGCCCGAGCGGAGGCGGGGCGGCCGCUUCUGCAAGCGGGCCCUCGGACGGGUCUUCCGGCUCGGCUCCGCCGGUCCGCGCCGGCAUGACGGUGAAGACGCAACGGAAGGGGAAGGGGAUGUGGAGGAAGAGAGGAGGGUGCCCAAGUCCGUGAGCAUCGAGGAGCCUGAGAAGUCGCCGUCGCGGCGCCAGGAAGGGGCCCGGCGGAGCGACGCGUGGAAGAGGAAGCGGGUGAAGAAGCCACCACUCGUGUUCGGGGGCACCUUUCCGAUUGACGAGCCCGUGGCGACGGCGCCGAGGUCGGCCGUCGGCAGAGCGGCAGUCGAGAGCCUCAGCGUCGCCACGUUUCCCGUGGACGCGUUCUGCUGCGCAAUGCCCAACCUGUGCGAGGGACACGCUCGGAGGGCGACGGCGGGCCGCGCGUUGGAGCGCCGGGCCACAGUGGGGGCAUCGGCCAGCGAGUCGGAGGAUCCGGAAGGGAGGGGGUACGUCGCAAGUGUCGCCAGGCCCGCCUCUGCGGGCGGGGGGGAGGCGCCGGCACCCAAGGAUGCCGCCGGGACUCGGAGGCGGAAAGGCCCGGCGUGGCUGCGGCUGUUCGGCAACGACACGAAGGUUCACGAGUGUUAAAAAGAGGAGUUUGCCGAGGCACGCGCAUUUGCGUCGCAUCGUUGCUCAUUGCAGUCCCCGGCGGGACGACAGCGGCAGUUAUUUUCCCACCUUGGGCACGAGCUUCCUACCUUUGAUAACGCCUCGAUGUCUCGCGAGCUUCAGGCAAGCAAACGUGUGGCCCAAAUGCAGUCGAAGGCAGCAGCAUUUGGUGAAACCUCUGCAUUUUCGCUUCAAACUCGUUUCCUUGGGAACUAUCUGCGGUUGUCUCUCUGGUCCCUCGAGUUUGCGAGUUUUGGAAGGGCACCGAUGAUUCUGACGCAACUAGAACUGUGUCGAUUGUAUUUAUCAGUUUCUAAAUUUCUCGGAAUCCAGGAUCCCGUCAAAGUGGACGGCUUCACGGCCCUGUGUUGCAGCACUGGUACCGCAGCUUGGAGGAUGCGGUCGUAGUUGGAAUCAGUCUGGGCUUUUCCACGCGUCGCAUUUUUAUCUGCAUAUAAGCGCGCGCUAUGCUGCUCAAUGCCCUGAAUAUAUUGCCGUAUGAGACAUGUCCCACAGCGUGGCAUUUCUAAUCUAGGUGCUAACCUAGGCGCAACAAAUGAGCCUGCCUUAAUUUCAAUAGCUCUCUUGCACUCUUUCCCAUUUUGCCAGUGAAUAAGUCCCGACAUGCUUCUCACCAAAAUACUUUGUAAGUGUUUGGACACACAGACAAAAACCAAGCAAACAAUAGGAUCUGCCCCAUAUUGUGCAUUUACACGGUACCAUGCUGCAUUGUAACGAAGCAUUUCUUAGUCCAAUGUGCAAGAGUGACUCUGCACAUGCUAGUUUGCAUACCUACUGUUUGGUUUGAAAUUGAAACCACGACUAACUUCUUUCCUUUAUUUCCGUGUCCAAUAUUUCUUAGUGCACAACCCAUUCGACAUGAGGUGUUAGGAAUAAGCGUACUUACACUGUUUCCUACAUGAAGUCUUCAAAUAUUAUUCUAGUAUACUCUUGUAUUUGAGCCUGUGCUUAGAAUUGUGUGUUAAUGCUGGCAUGCCCAGAUAACAACAAACUGUUUUAACACUGCUAGAGCCACAAAACUUUGAUGCUGUGGCCUAUAGUGGGUUUUGGGUAUGCUGCAACUCUUGGUCCGCUUCACGCAUAAUAGUGUCGGUCAAGGCUAUUGAGCAUCCUUGCUGUUUAAGAGAAUUGUGAUGCCCUUUGUCAACACCACUGCUUGUUUCUCUCUUUCAGUGCAAAAGUGCAUUUUAUCGAGUAUGAAAGCCAAUGUUGUGCACUUCUCCAGAGAAAAUAGUACACCUGUGUUUCGAUUUUGAGUUAAAUACAAUUAUAAAAAGUUAGUUGGGAGCCCCAGGCAACAAUGUGCCACAUCUAGCAGAAAAGUAGCUACAGCCAGAGUUUUAGCCAAAACGUUGCCCACUAAUGGAACAAUUUUAGCUGAGCCUUUACACUGAAAUGCUCUAAUGCCCAAUUUGUCCGGGCCCACGUCGCACCGCUGCGGUGCGGUUCGUGGUACAGGCAAGGAUAGAGGGGAGAGGGGAGCUUCCUUCCCUACCCACCAGCCUUCUGUGUACUAAAGUUGAAAGAGUUUACUGCACUGCAUAAGUGUGGUGUGCUCCAGACGAAUAGGCUAAGUAGUGCGCUCGUGGUAUGCUCUGUUCGCAGACAACCUAGAGAGAAAAUCGGCCCAUGUUUGCACUAUUUAUUGCCUUCGUAUUUGGUGCUCUUCUGCUCGCACAGCCUUUUUGCUGGCACAACUCGUCUGUGCAUUACAAACAUCUGUCUGACCUGGAUGCCUUCGACGCUUGUUAUGGUGCUAUCGGCGUCAAACUGUUUUAUAUUCAGGUUGCUUUGGCUCCCGCUGCUUCUGGGAGACCCAGAACGUCGUUGCCUGUCAUUCUUUGUUCUUGCUUCAUGUUUGCUUCAGUUUUAUUGUAGAGCUAGUCAAAGGUUUAUUAAUGUUGAGUAAUAGUUUUGAGAGUGUGUUGUGGCUAUUGCUAGGUAGACUGCAUCACCUUGCACUUUUUUUCUUUAAAGUACUGAAAGCUUUUGACAUAGAAUACAUUUAGGGGAAGCUAUUUAGGAAAAGACUGACAAAAAAAAAUAUGGAAGUGACGUCACCAACGUCACGUCACCAUGCGAUGUGGCCACAGAGGUUACCUGACUGCGUCCACCAAAUUUGCAGCGAUUCCAUUCACUUGGUACAUCCCGAACUUGGGUGGCCAUUGCAGUAGUGUCACCACCACAGCAGGUAUAUGCCUCGCAGGUGAUGCCUCCCUCCCAUUGGCUGGCAUAAGUGAUCACGACGCCCAUUGGCUGGCAUAAGUGAUCAAUCAUGUCACAAUAGUUACAACUGUGGCAUUCUCGACAGGGGUGUGGUACGAGUCACGGUACAUACGAAAGGAUUGCACCAAGAUGAACCAUCCCAAAAACAUAUUUUAUGUAUGACGAUUUUGUCAGGUGUGGGCCAGAGUACUGCCACAAAUUUUCAGCUGAGACUCCGGCUUUUUCUUGUCAUUAGACCCCUUAUUGCCGACAUCAGCAAAUAAAAGUACUAUAUUGAUGUUGA